AUGUUCUUCCAGAGCUUCGGAGGUUCUAGGGGUCGUGAUGGGCCAGUUGAAACGAAGCUUUAUGACAUACUUGGGGUAUCACCAUCAGCAUCUGAUGAUGAACUGAAAAAGAGUUAUCGUAAAUUAGCCAAAGAGUAUCAUCCUGACAAAAAUCCCGAUGCAGGAGAGAGGUUCAAGGAAAUCAGUUAUGCUUAUGAAGUUCUGUCUGAUCCCGAGAAGAGACAGUUGUACGAUAUGCGUGGUUUAGACGGUCUUAAGGGGGGUGGAGGAGAAAAUUUCGAAGACGUAUUCCAAAUGUUCGAUGGUGAUAUGGGAGGUAUUGGAGAUUUCUUAGGAAGAGGACGGCGGAGGCAACAGAAAGUCAAUAGGGAUAUUGUUCAUUCUCUAAGUGUUUCUUUGGAAGAGGCUUACUCUGGAAAAACAUCUAAACUGGCCAUCACUCGCAAACUUUGUUGCUCAGUCUGUGACGGAACUGGCUCAAAAUCGAAAAGCACUACCACAUGUGUAUCUUGCAAGGGAAAGGGUAAAAGGAUACAGAUGCAAAAAAUCGGAGCUAAUAUGAUCUCUCAAUCAGUUGUUGAAUGUCCUGCGUGCUCCGGAACCGGUAAAUCCAUUAAAGAGGGAGAUGUAUGCGAGCCAUGCACUGGACAGAAAUACAUCACCACAUCUUCUAAAGUAGACGUUGUUAUUCCUGCUGGAGUUGAAGAUGAAGAGCGAGUGCGUUUGGCUCAACAAGGAGAUCAGAUCGAUCCCCGCACCGCACCUGGUGAUGUCAUUGUUGUUAUUCGAAUCAAUCCUCACGACGAGUUCAAGAGAGAAGGAUAUGAUUUGUACUUGAAAAAAGACUUAUCUUUGAAUGAAGCCUUGUGCGGUUUCAACAUUGUAUUGACACAUCUCGAUAAGCGUGUCAUCAAUCUUAACUACAAUAACAAUCGCCCAAUCAAGCCUGAAAUGGUCUUGGGAGUUCCAGGAGAGGGUAUGCCUAUUCCCAGCCAACCAGGCAUGCGUGGUAACCUGAUUAUUUCUUUCGAUGUCAAAUUCCCUAAAUCACAUUUCCUUGAUAAUGAAGAGCUUUAUUCGAAAAUCGCAGCUUAUUUACCACCUGGAAAGAACUUCACUCACGGUCCUAAUGCUAAAGAAGCUUCACUCAUGGACUUUGAGCCUGAGAGAUAUCAACGUAAUGAAAUGCAAGAAGAUGAUGAUGAAGAAUACGAGAGUCAUGCUCACGGCCCAAGCGUACAAUGUGCCCAAAGUUAA